UCUACUCAAGGAGAGGUGUGCAUAUUAUGUCUAUCCAUACUUGAGAGAGAGAGAGAGAGAGAGAUCCACUAAUGGCUCUCUCCACACUAGCCGUUACACCCUCUCUCCCGCCAAAUUCAAACCUGAAAACCAGCUCGAAAAAGCCCACAAAUUCCAACUCUCAAAAGACCCAACUCCUCCCUCUCCUCAAAACCUGCAAAUCCCUAACCCAAUUCCCCCAAAUCCACUCCUUAAUCCUCAAAUCCGGCCAGACUCAGAGCCCUCACCUCCUCUUCGUCACUCUCCGCCUCCUCUCCACCCUCAAAUCCCCACAUUACGCCUCAAAACUCUUCGCGACCAUCGAAAAGCCCGAUAUUUAUCACUACACAACCCUCAUCAGUACACUAACAGCCUCCGGUUCUUAUAAAGAAGCCCUUAAUCUCUACUCCCAAAUGCUCCAUAGAUCCGUAGCCCCUGACCCUGUCAUUAUCUCAUCGGUCCUAAAACUCUGUGGUUUUCUUUUGGCUCUAAAUGAAGGAAAACAGAUACAUAACCAGGUCGUAAAAUAUGGUUUUGCGCUUGACAGGCUUGUGAAAAUGAAGCUCAUUGAGUUAUAUGGUAAAUGUGGAAGGUUUGAGGAUGCACUGUUGGUGCUCGAUGAAAUGCCAAAGAGAGAUGCAGUGGCUUCAACUGUUCUGAUUAAUUCAUACUCCGAUUGUGGUCGAAUUGAUGAAGCAAUGGCAGCUUUUAGGGCAGCGUUUGAUAAGGAUACGGUGUGUUGGACUUCGAUCAUCGACGGGUGUGUUCGAAACGGGAAGUAUAAUUUGGCUCUGGAUUUGUUCAGAGAAAUGCAAAAGGAGAAAGUUCGAGCUAAUGAGGUCACUGUUGUUUGUGUACUCUCGGCAUGUGCUCAAUUGGGCGCACUUGAGUUGGGGAGAUGGAUCGAGUCUUAUAUCAACAAGUAUAACAUCACGAGAAACACAUUUGUGUGCUCAGCGCUCGUUGAUAUGUACUCAAAGUGCGGCAGCUUGGACGAGGCGAGGAAAAUAUUCAAUGAGAUGAAGGAGAGAGACGUGAUAUCAUAUAACUCCAUGAUCACUGGCCUCUCAUUGCAUGGCAAAAGCAGUGAGGCAGUUCAGUUAUAUCAGGAAUUGAUUAGAGAGGGACUAUCACCGACGCACAUCACGUUCGUUGGUGCCCUAAAUGCUUGUAGCCAUGGUGGUCUAGUUGAUCUAGGCUUCGAGAUUUUCGAAUCCAUGACCAAAAACUAUGGCUUAGAACCUAAGGUUGAGCACUACGGUUGCAUUGUCGAUCUCCUAGGCCGUUCUGGUCUCCUAGAGGAGGCUUACGAGUUUGUUUCGAGGAUGAGGAUCGAACCAGAUCAUGUCAUUUGGGGUUCUUUGCUUGGUGCUUGUAGAGUCCAUGGAAAUUUAAGUUUAGCAGAGAAAGUAGCGAAAAUUAUGACCGAUGACGAGAAAGCUGAUUCUGGAACUUUUGUCCUGCUAUCUAAUGUUUAUGCUUCUCUCGGGAAAUGGAAGGAGGCGGUUAGGGUCAGGGCGACAAUGAAGCACAAAGGGAUUCAGAAAGAACCUGGUUGCAGUUCGAUUGAGGUUCAGAACGAAAUCCACGAGUUCUUACUAGGCGACAUCAGGCACCCUCGAAAAGAGGAGAUAUACAAGAAACUUGAAGAUCUGAACAAUGUCUUGAAGAACGAAGGGUAUUUUCCCAAGAGAAAUGAAGUGUUGCAGGAUAUCGAAGAGGGGGAAAAAGAUUGGGCAUUGGCGAUCCAUAGUGAGAGAUUGGCGAUAUGCUAUGGACUUAUAACGACGGAGAAAGGGACGACCAUUAGGGUUGUGAAGAAUUUGAGGGUUUGUAGGGAUUGUCAUGAGAUGAUUAAGAUUGUGUCGAGGGUUGAGAGGAGGAGGAUUGUGGUGAGAGAUAGGAAUAGGUUUCACCAUUUUGAAGAUGGUGUUUGUUCUUGUGGGGGUUAUUGGUGAGUUUUCAGGGGGGAACUAUGUUGUAUUUAUCAAAAGAACACGAAUUGAUUGUUGUUGUGCCAAUGAAAUUAGUUUGGGCCUCAA